UUGGCCACGCAAUAACCUCCGGACUGUUGACGAACAAGGAACACUUGCCAUGGACAACGGACCGACGGAUGCCACGCCCACUGCCGCCGCCUUCCGGCUGAUUCUGCUUAGCAAAUCGAAUCCCGUGAUGGGCUGCUACAUGUUCUGGACCAGUCUGCUCGUGCUGAAGAUGCUCGUUAUGUCGCUACUCACCGCCCGCCAGCGCAUGAAGACCAAGACCUAUGCCAACCCAGAGGAUUUACGCCUCAGUCGGAGUCCGGAGGUUCGGUUCGGGGAUCCCAAUGUGGAGCGAGUGCGUCGUGCCCAUCGCAAUGACCUAGAGAACAUUUUGCCCUUUCUUCUGAUGUCGCUGGCCUAUGUGGCCAGCGGACCGAAUCCCCUUACCGCCCGUCUGCUCAUCCGGAUCGGUGCAAGUGCCCGGCUUCUCCACACGGUGGUCUACGCCAUCAUCCCGGUUCCGCAGCCAGCAAGAGCCCUGGCCUUCUUCACCACCUUCGCCAUCACCUGCUUCGAGGCGGGCUACGUGCUCGUCUGCUGUAUCAAGUACAUUUAGACUACUGCUGACCCCACUUUGCCAACUAACUACUCCUCACCCACUCGCAUUCAUAGCACCAGUAAUUUCAAGGUACUGAUAUGGGUGCUCAUUUUUAGUGAAAACUUAUGGUUUAUACAUUUAGAUGCUUUAAUUUAGCAGCAUUUGUCCUAACUUUGAAGUAUAAGUCACCUAUAAUUGGUAUAAUUGGUUGGUACGUUAAAGAAUAUAUAGGUAAUGCAAUUGGUUAACAAAAUUUUGAUAUAGAUUAUAUACACUAAAUUAAAACUUAUUAAAAACAUACUUUUGUCAAGUCCCACGUAAUAAUAAUCAUUCAACAUCAAGGUUUAAACAAAAAAAAAUUCAGAGGGAAAAUAAUCAAAUUUGCAUUAGUUUUAUAAGUAAUAUUUAGUUUAUAAUACAUUUUUUUGCAUACACAUAUGU